AUGUCCUACGGCGGUGGUGGUAGUAGUAGUGGUAGGAUACUGGAUGAGAUUGUCUGGACUGACCUUAACACUGCACGUCAUUCACCUUUGAUUUUUAACACCGGCACCACAAACUCACCUAGCGCUAACCUCCAAUUCAGCUGCUAUCGACAACGGCACAGCAAGAAUUCACCCUUAACCUCCCGGAAAUAGAUGCCCUCCUUGCGGCAGCCUACAAGGUUCGUACCCGGCGGCGCGUUCUCGAACUCCUCGGGUUGGGUCCUUGCACCGGUAAAACUGCCCUUCUGUACCUCCUCGUCGGCCUAGCGACCCUCCCUGCCUCCCUUGGUGGAAAGGGGGCCUGUGCAGUGCUCCUCGACUGCUCCGGCCGCUUUGACGUCGUCCGGCUUCACAAUGUGGUUUUCGAAUUCGCCAAGCUUCGUCACGCCGGCGAUGCGGAAUUGGAACAGGUGGUGGGGGAGGCUCUAGAGCACGUACACGUUUUCCGUCCUGAUACUGCUGGGGAGUUUAUUGCUACGGUUGGGGGGCUGGAGGGGUAUCUGUUGGAUUGGAAAGGGAAUGGGAGUGGCGGGAGGGAGUUGGCAGGAAUUUUUGUCGAUGGGGUUGAGGGGUUCGUUUGGGAGGGGUUGCGGGAGGGGCCCACGGACGGUAAUACGGAGAUAUACACUACCAUAAUUCGGUCGCUUCGGUCUUUACAAAAAACAUUUUUGCAGGUUCCUAUCAUCGCGACGAACAACGGCACGACAAGAUCUUCUCCGGAUGGAGAGGCCCCGAUAUACAAAACCUACCUCCCACAAAUAUGGACCGCAUUUGUUGGCAUUAGGAUCAUCCUCGCGAGAGCUCCUGUGAGGCCGUUUCCACUGGAGAUGGGUUUGCAGGAAGCGUGGACCGAGCAGCGGGAGAGGAGGUUAGAGGUCGUGAGGAGGAAUAGGAUCGAAGGGUGGGUGGAUGUUGGCGGGCUUGGGGGUGGUGUUGAGAGUGAGAUUGGGAGGCUGAAGGGUGGGGGACGGUUUUCUUUUUCCUUGGGCGGAGGAGGGGUGGUAUUUGAGCAGUGA